GUAAUAAAAUAAUAAAAUAAUUUAUCACUAGGAUGAAUAAAUAGGGGAGGGCAUUGAGUAUUUUUGCAAGGCAAUCUACUUGUGAGAGAGUUUUGAAAGCAUUGAAACCAUGGCUCUUGCUGGAAAGUUAGUGAGUGAAGUAAAAAUAAACGUAGCAGCUGAGAAAUACUACAAAAUCUGGAAAGACGAAGUUUCUCGUGUUCCCAAGAUUUGUCCAAAAUACAUCCAAAAAGUUGAAGUUCAUGAAGGGGAUUGGGACUGCCAUGGCCAUGGCUCAGUCAAGAUCUGGCAUUACUCUAUCGAUGGUAAGGCUGGGUUUUUCAAAGAACGAGUGGAAUUCGAUGAUAAGAAUAUGGCAAUGCUUUUGAUUGGAUUGGAUGGAGAUAUGUUCGAGCAUUACAAAUCCUUCAAAGCAACGUAUAAAGUUGUGCCAAAAGGACCAAACCAUUGUCUGGCAGUUAUGAUACUGAAAUAUGAGAAACUACGUGCUGACUGUCCUUCUCCUUACAAGUAUAUUGAUCUCAUGAAUGGCCUCACCAAGAGCAUUGAAUCUUACCUUCAGUGAUAAUGCUAUACGCAUAGAUUUGAGCUCUGUUUCCCCUCUUUCACUCUAAGCUUGUGGGUUAUGUAAAAAAAAAUAAUAAUAAUAAUAAAUAAAUAAAUAAAUAAAUAAUGGUCACUCAUGUAAAGAGGGAUGAACUUGGAGUACUAUGUUUGCUUAAACAUAUAAUAUGUUAUGUUUGGAUAUGUGUCAAAGUUUUUAUAUAUUUUCAUGUCCCCUAAAGUUUAAGA